UAUGAACUACAAAAUUUAUGUCAAUUUUGUUUGUCAGUCUCGUGUAAUAUUAUUUCGAAAAUAAUUUUGUUAUUAUUGUUUUCUUAUCGUAUCUUUUAUCAAAUAAUUGGUAAUGCCGUGGGGCUGGGAGUGUAGGGCAAAGUUAGUGAAGCAAUUGCCAGCUAAGCCCACCAAGCGGCGAGGGCCCGUCUCUGGAGAGGCAGCGGCGCCCGGCCCGCUAAAAUAUGAGGUGCCCGAGCUGUAUUGUGGAAAAGGACACGGGCACAUCAAGCGCGCGCCGGCAUAUUCGUUCGGACUGGCAAUACCGGCCAACGUAAUCAAGCCCGCCGCCCGUCCUAACGCACCAGUUUUCAACGUACGAGGGAUUACAAAAAAAGGUACGUCAAAAAUCCCCGGUGGAGUUGUGGGCUCUCAACUCGAACCUGUAAGCGACCGCACGCGCAAGCCGGGCCCGGGUGCGUACACACCCGGUAAUGUGCGCUAUAAGCGCGCGCCGGCGUACACGUGCCAGCCGCCCGCGCGGCCCCCAUAUGAGCCGUGGGACAUGUGGACAUGUCCACCUAAUAUGUACUGCCCUUAUAUACCGCUCAAAAAACCCCCAGCGUAUUCCCUUGGCAAUGCUAUAAGAAACCUAAAUGCUGCUUCUAUUCCCGGGCCUGGGGCACACGAUCCCAAAUUCGCCUACCCUCAAAAGAAUCAACCAGCCUAUUCUUUCGGCCACCCGUUCCGGCCUUUGCCACCGCCGGACUACCCGCCGCCCAACAACUACUGCGAGAAAAAGUUCAUGGUGCAGAAGAGGACGGCUCCGGCACCUUCAUUUGGCAUCCGCCAUACUCCGUAUUUGGGAGAGCUUCCGGCGCAACUCAAACCCUCCAAACUGGAUCUCGUCGUCAACACAGGAUCGUAGGAUCGGUAAACAUAUCAACGAUCGUCCUUCCUGCCCUCAACUUGAAGCAUACGUGCAAUCGCUUCCCAUGGAACUUAUGGAGCUGGGACGUAUCGCGUUGGUGGCGGCGUAAGUAGCAAAAUAUAUGCAUCGAAGCAUGACUUAAGGUCCGUUCAGAUUAACCGCCGCGCCGCCCGCACUUUGACUUGAGAUUGUGCGCUUUAAGAGGGGGAUAACGCAAAAUUGCAAUUUUUAUAUUGAAAUUUUACACGUUUUAAUCAAGGACAAAUGCCAUGAAAAAAAUCACUCGGAAACUAAACUAUAUUUGCAAGGGGAAACUCUAAGCAAAACCGCAAAAGGUUAAAGU